UGCUGGCGACUACUUUGGAGGUAAGAAUACAUACCAACCACACAUCUUGUCCAUUCGUUGCUAAGGCAUUUGCUAAAAAUCGCGCUCAUGAUGGACUGCCGCCGCCCCGCCAGCGUCCGCGCGCGGUCGUUUUGUGUGCUGGGGGUGUUCGAUCACGCGCACUUUUCGUCCAUUCUGUCUUGGUUCAAGGACGACCGCGUCAAAUUGGAGGCGAUCAUCAUGAACAAGUACGAGAACGACAUCUAUCGGCCCCAAGUCAUUCGGAAACCAUCCGUGACGGCCAACACCCUGUCGCGCAUGGGAUCCACGGGCGACGGCAGCGGCAUCGGUACCAAUAAGGUGGCGCUUCGGAUGCUCUAUGAGGCUAUGUCCUGCAUGCACGAUGUGUCUGGACGAGUGACCAAGCUGGAAGCAUCCAUGGCAAAACUCACAGAAGCCAUGGUGGUUUUGCGGCAACGGCCAGCCAUCGCGAGGACUCUCGUAAUACUAGCGCUAAGCUGAGUGAACGAGGCCUCCAUGGCAUGAUGGAGGAGCCACAACAUGCAACGAUGCGCCCAUCAAGCGAUGGACAUGGCAAUGGAAGCGAAGGCUUGGAGCAGCAGCAACAGCAUCCAUCGACCAAGAACGACAGCGACCUGUCCGUGCUCCACUCGCGGCGGAUUCGGCGCUCGUGACGAGCCUCCACCAAUGUAACUUCUCUUAUUUCGACGACACGGGCACCCCAAGCAUAUCUCAGGAUCGAAC